AUGGAGUCUCCCCGUGGUCCGCAGCAGACUGCAUUGCACGAGAGCACAAAAGUGUCCUACGCAUAUUCAGUCUCUGUCAAAAACCAGUUUGGUAAUCGGCUGCGGAUGGUCCCCAACAACCUGUUGGACAUCAAAUGCCAUACUGAAGAAAACAUCAAGCAGACCAUCUACGAAGAGAUCACACGGCCGGAAAACCGCAUCAAGGAAGCUAUUGCAAAGCGGCGUAACCCUGAUGACUUGUCCGCCGAAGAUUGUCCUGAAAAUCUACGAGCGUUCUUUCGUAUGAUCUACAACGCGUAUCCCGACAGCUACGAUUAUCAGAAGUACUCUAUAUUACUACGACGUCGAGGUGUAUCCACCAAAUCAUUUGUAUUGCUACUUCAAGAUGACAGAUUACUGUGA